AUGAAUGUUUCGCCCACAGAGCGGAGGAAAGACAUGCGGCAGCUGGCUUUGGAGAUUGGGAUCCGAGUUCUGCUCUUCGGAGUUUUUGCGUUUACAGAGUUCUUGGAGCCCUUUGAGAGAGUUAUCCAACCGGAGGAGCUUUGGCUCUACAGGAAUCCUCUGGUUGAGUCAGACCACAUUCCUAAAAGGGUUAUGUUUGCAAUUUCCUUCCUUACCCCACUGGCAGUGAUAUUCGUGGUGAAGAUAAUUCAGAGAACGGACAAGACGGAGAUCAAGGAGGCUUGUUUAGCUGUGUCUCUGGCACUCGCAUUAAAUGGAGUCUUCACAAAUACUAUCAAGCUGAUUGUUGGCAGACCAAGGCCAGAUUACUUCCAGCGCUGUUUCCCAGAUGGUCAAAUGAAUGCAAAGAUGCUGUGCACCGGCGAGCCGGAGAUGGUGUCUGAAGGACGUAAAAGCUUCCCCAGCAGCCAUUCCUCCUUUGCGUUCUCUGGACUCGGGUUCACCUCCUUCUACUUGGCCGGAAAGCUGCAGUGCUUCACAGAUGGUGGCCGGGGUCGCAGCUGGCGUCUUUGUGCCAUGGUUCUACCUCUUUACAGCGCCAUGAUGAUUGCACUGUCCAGGACUUGUGACUACAAACACCACUGGCAAGAUGCCUUUGUGGGAGGAGUGAUCGGGUUGCUGUUUGCUUACAUCAGCUACCGCCAGCACUACCCUCCCUUCCUGCACAUGGACUGCCACCUGCCUUACGCCAGCCUAGCUGCUGCCAGCAGGGGGCCUCCGCCGGCCCAGGAUGACCCGCAGCCCGUCGACAACGCCACCACCCUGCCCAUGGAGGGCUUGACCGAGGGGCCAGUAUGACUAGUGGCCCCCACUGAGACAGCCUCCUCAACGCCCACCAAGCCGCCAAACCCAUCUCCCCAUUCCUAGACAAUGACUGAAUGACUGGCUCUAAUAUACAUUCCACUGGACAAAAAAACCCACUUCUACCAUUUCCAAACAUUGAUAAUUUGUCUUGGUGACAUCUACUUUUUUUUUUUUAUCUUGAUUUUGCGCAGCAGCCGUUAAAGUUUAUAUUUAGAUGUAAGAGAGGAAAGUCGAGAUGUGGAACAACUCCUCUGAGAAAGCAAGGAAAACAACAUGCUGCAAACCUGGGGAAACGUCGUGUUUAUGGCUGUGAGCGAUGAGUCAAAUAUUUCCACUUUCUGCAGAAAACCUUUGCCUAAUGAGAGGCGGGGUUUUAAUGUUUUAUGCUGCACUAGAUUGAUUAUUUUGGUGUUGAAGGGUUUGAUGUAAACAAUCAGUGAGGUAGUCUGAAUUCACAGCAACUAAACCAUAAAAUGACAUCAUUACCACAAACUGAGAAAUGACAUGGCAGUACCAGGAAAACAGAGUUUUUGUCUUAAAACGCAAGAACUUUCAACUAACCUGCUCUGAUUUUUAUCAUUUUUGGUUGCCCAUAGCAACAUAAUGAUAAACAUAGAUCUGAUACAUCUCCGCAGAGGCAGUGGUACCUGUCAAAAUAAAGUUCAAUAUUCCAUUACUUCCCGCUCUCCUGGGCUCACAUGACCUGCACAUCCUCGCUCUUUUUAUUACCCAUCUUCCCUCUCCCUGUCCCUCUCCGUCACUCUCUCUUUCUCUCUCUCUAAACCAAAUCUUCUUUUUCAUACAAGCAGCAUUUAGCACAUGUUCACAGAGGUUGCACAGGGACAUGGACCCUCAAUGAGUGCAAUCAAUUACGAGCAGGUGGGAGUGGGCACGCAGAAGUGCGUCUCGAUAGGCACAAACUCCAAUCUGAUCCUGCAUUAAUCCUCAUUAAGUGAGGUCAGCCUCGGCUGCUUAUGAGGAUAUUAGGAGCGGGCGAGGCAGCUCGCUAACUCCCAGAGCUUGGCAAAUAGCUUUUAGCUCACUGCCCCCCCUCCCCCCUACGCAUACACACACAUAGAUGAUCCAGCCUUAAGCACAAGCCGGGUGAUUUUGACAUAUUAUUCAUCCAUUAUAGCUCCAUUAUUUGUUAACAUCCAGAAAGCUUGCUGAAGGAAGAUGACACCGAAGAUUUAAAGCUUUCUUUCCCUCCUCGGGACGCAGGCUUUAUCAGCGGAGAAGGCAUCUAACAAGAUUAUUGCCCCCUCCCCAACUUUUCCAUAUCAUCUACAAACCAAUUUGUCGCCUCUUGCGGGCUGUUAGAGAUGAUGGAUCACUUUGUUGCCUUGGUUACUGGCUGUUUUUUGACAUUGCGGUGACAUUGACGGGAAGGUGCAGUCUUAGUUCACCUCUAACCCAGCUUGGACCCAGAACACGUCUCAGAAAACCACAACAAAUAUAUUCAUCUUUGCAUAAUUGUUUUUUCAGCCAUCAUUGCACCAGUUUAUGUUUAUUUGUCAAUGAAAACUAAAGAAGUCUUAUCAAAGUUUGGCAUAAUACUGCAGAUAUAAGAUAAAAUGUUAUUAGUCAUAUCAAACUACAUCUGAAAAAACUUCUAUUUGCAUAUUACAGACAGCAUCUGUGUUAUUAUUUAUUCCAUGUAGAUGUAUCUCAAUCUGUAGAAAUUUUCUGAAAAAGUUUAAUUGUUUAUGGAAGUUGGUAGAAAAUUUUUUUUGUCAUAUAGAUUAAUCACGAAGAGGAAUAUUUUUGAAAGUUGAAUUUCUAUUAAUUUUGACCAAAUAAUACAAAUUUUGAUACAGAAGAGUCAUUUCAUGGUUAUGUUGUUGCUGUGGUAACCAUAGUGAAGAAUACUGAUUUGAAAAGCAGAGACGUACUGACACUAAGAGUAAGCUGUGAAGAGUGUUUUAUCUAUGUAACUUUAUUAAUGGAAAGUUAGGUGGUAGGAAAAAAUGUGGUAAAAGCAUUAGAAAAGCUAGGGAGCUUCAAACCUUACAGAGACUUAUCCAAGACAUGGCAUUACCAGCCAGUACUUGUUAAAUCAUUUUUCAACAAGAGACAAUGUCAGAAAACUCCUGGAAAAACACUCCAAAGCAAAGUCUUCGAGUUUGUAGAAAGAGUCCGGCGUGAAGUUUCCUCUGGCGGUGAUAAUUUGAAGUCCCAACUCAACUAUUAGUGUUGGUCCUCUGAGCUUUAUGAUGCCCAAAGUCUGUCUGUGGUUUACAUUGAUAUUUUAGAGUGUCAUGUUCCCAUCUGCUGGCAAGCUUUAUGGAGAAGCUAGUUUUAUUUCUAAGAAGGAUUUAGCUCCUGUCAACACUGCCAAAAGUUUUAGUAGCUGCAUUACGGUAGCAUCACUGUGAUCUACAGUGAUGCUACCGCAAAUCUUCCCCACAGCAAACCUGAGGAGCAUCAUGAAAUAAGCCAGGAUGUGCAGAUGACCUGAAGGCUGCUGCCACGGCAACCGGGGUUUUCCUGAACUGCUCAAAUCUAAAAAAUAAUCCAUUUGUGUUAUCAAAGAUGAAAUAUAUAAAUGCAAAUUAAUCUGGCAGUUCAAAUUCUUUAGAUUAACUUGCUGGAAAAAAUCUUUCCAAUGCAUUUGUCUUAAUAAGAGAUAAAAACUAUGAAUAACUGAGUCAAAGUUUGUCCCCAAGCUGCUAGCGUUCUUUUCUCCAUUUCUACCUCAUCACAUGAAACCUGCUGUCUAUAUACAGACAUGUAAUCAAACACUUUUGUUUUUCCUUGGUUGUAAAAGCUUGAAUCAUCAGUUCUCAUACCCUUUUUACAGGUUUUAAGCUGGUAACUACAUGUGUACAAAAUGAUAAUAGAUUCUUACAAAGUUUACCCAAUUGUGGAAAACAUCACACACACAAAACCGAAAUAUCACCUGAACAAAAGACAGAAAGCAAAGUUAGUACAAUACAAUGUAAAAAAAAUCUUACAAUAAAGGAAGCUUGAAGGAAAAUGUCUUUAAAAUAAAUUAAGGCUUUCAAGUUUAUGUAGAAAAUACGGACAUUUUCUCCAGAAUGGAGUUACAACAAUGAGGCAGCUGAGCUCUUGGUGAGUUUUGUGUCUGCAGAGUUUGGUUUGAGCAUCUGAGGGAUCGGGUAGGAGUGUAUGACAGGAGGCACACACACCAAGGAGUGAUGCUAGGAGGCACACACACCAAGGAGUGAUGCUAGGAGGCACACACACCACGGAGUGAUGCUAAGAGGCACACACACCAAGGAGUGAUGCUAGGAGGCACACACACCAAGGAGUGAUGCUGGAGCUUCUGCUGCUUCUAAAUAUGAGUCUUGCUGCUGAGUUUUGGACCAACUCAAGGUCAUCAGAGACUUUUUAUGGAUACAUGUGAAAAAUGCACAACCGGGUCCGGGGAAGGUUUGGACCCUCACUCCAUCUUUUGAUGUCUCGCUGCAAUGAGCUGCUGCUUUUAGGCUGUUUAUUAAAACAGUCCCAGUUUUAUCUACAAGCCCAGAAGAGACUGAAGCUCUACAUGACAUGUCAUCACUCAUGAUCGUCUUUACUUCCUGUGUGAUUUGUUGUCUGUGGGUGCUUUUAAAAUGACUUAUCUAAUUUGAAAAGAAAUGAUUAUGAUUUAUUCACGUCUCAUGCUUUCAAUAUUUAUGGGCUUGGGGUGUGAGAAUAUGAUAAUUUUUGCCCUUUAACUGUAAUUUGGGACAGAUUGAUGGUGGAGUGUGAAUCAAAACAAGCGUGCCUAUUUAAAUGAUUUUAUGAACCUUUUGCUACAUUAAGGUUUCUACUAUUAAGCCUCUAUCACGUAUGCAAUCCACUGGCAGCAUUUAACUGCAACUCUGUGUGUGCAGAAAGGGUUUCCACUGUGAUGCAAUUUACAAAAUGAAACCUAACGCAGAAAGAAGAGCAGAUUGUGAAUGGUGCUCGGCUCUGAGAGAACUCAUGUAACUCCAAUGGCACUUUUACCAACUUCAACUUUCAGCCUGAAGAUCUGAAGAUCUGUUCCUUCAGAGGAAAAUCUCCACCUAAAACGCUGGAACAGACGCAUCAGUCUAAAAUGUGGACUUUGUCAGGUAGUUUGGGGUUUAGGUGAUGCAGUAUUUAUCGCUGAAAAAAAAGGGAUUCAAUCUGUUUGUUUCACUUCAAAUGAUUUGAUUCUAUUAUUUAUGAUCGAUUCUAUGUUCAGCUUUAAUUUGGUGCUAUAGAUACUUUUGUAGCAGUGUGUGUCACUUGUUUGAGAUGUUGGAUGUGUCAUUUUGACAUGUAAGAUCAGUCAUUUUCUACUAAGAACGAACAAAAGAAUCUUUAUUUUACAUUAUAUGCUACCAGUGUUUUUAGCAGUGUAUGCUGUGAUUUCUCUGUCAGUUGCAUUGCCUAUACAAUGAAAGGAUAAAAGUAUCUAAAACAUAUUAAAGAAUCAUUUAAAAGUACUUUAUGAUGAUUAUAUGUGUGAAGAAGUGUUUAAAAUGGUUUAUGGCAUGCCGGUUUCAUUUGUGAGAAAAGAUUUUUCUAUGAGUAAGCAUGUCAGGCCUUGAGAACUGUGUUUUGCUGUUUGUAUACUUUACGUACAAUAAAGGACUGCAGAUGUGUGAACUUUA